CCACUGCUGAAACUAGCUUACACCGAGGUUUCCUCUGGUUUUCUUGGUGUAUCUUAGUAAGAAGAAAAAACGAAAGCCGUCUGAGAUCUAAUAAGACAUUGAAAUUGAAAUUUACAAGAGGAGUAGUUAGUCUUCUAGACAUCCCUAUAUCAGACUUGCCAGACGCUAGUUGCAAGGGAAAUCAUGAGCUUUAACCAGGUCAAUGGUACUGAAGAGUCCAAUGAUUUAAUAAAGGCGCAAGCCGCGGAUGUAGUGCAACCUCAUAUGCAACCUUCCAUAGAAUUGCCUGUCCUUUCUAAUGAAGGCCCCAAUUAUUUAGGCAAUUCAUCUUCAUAUCCCUCUCAGACUUCUUUAGCCUCUUAUCCUGAUUCAGAAAAUGUCACCAGUACAGCCAACAGCACCGUAGUAUCUUCAGCCUUGUCAACACCUCACGUCGAAGACUCUACCGGCUUUGAUGAACUUAAGAUAGAUGGUACUAGACGUUCGGGACGUGUAAAACGCUCUGUUUAUCCAGAACAGUCUUUCUUUGAUUUUGACGAGCAAGAGAUUCCCAGUUCUAAGAAGAGGAGAAGCAGGGCUGCACCUGUCCGAAGGAAGUCACCUGAAGAAAGUGAAGAUGAAGCUGAUGCUUAUGACCGACAACAUAAGACGAGUUACGUCCCUACUGAAGUUCGGACGUCUGCUCGAUCCUCAAAGGGCGGAGUAAACUAUAAUGAGCAGAACCUCUACGGUGAUUUGAGUAACGAAGAAGAUGAAGAAAUGGAAGAAGAAGCUGAAGAAGAAUACGAGCCUGCCAUUGAUUUUGUUUUGAAUCAUCGUAAGCGAGAAGAUGCUGAAGAUGAUGAUCCCAAGAAAAGUUAUCAGUAUCUUAUAAAAUGGCAAGAGUUAUCUCACCUGCAUAAUACAUGGGAAGAUUAUGAAUCUGCUACUUUUGUCCGUGGCUAUAAGAAAGUUGAUAAUUAUAUAAAACAAAACAUUAUUUACGACCGAGAAAUUCGGGAGGAUCCAUCAACCACGUACGAGGAUUUGGAGGCUCUUGACAUUGACCGCGAGCGAAAGAAUAUGGUGUACGAGGAAUACAAGAUCGUAGAACGGAUCGUAGCCUCCGAACCCAAUGAAGAGGGUAAAACAGAGUACUUUGUCAAAUGGAGACAAUUGCCUUACGAUAAUUGCACUUGGGAAGACGGAAAUCUAAUUUACAGUAUGGCUCCUAAUGAAGUAUUUCAAUUUCUUCAAAGGGAAAACAGUCCAUACUUACCAAAUAAAGGUGUGUUUUAUAACUCAAGGCCUCCUUACCGCAAAUUAGAGAAACAACCCUCUUACAUUAAAGGAGGAGAAAUUAGAGAUUUCCAAUUGACAGGUAUUAAUUGGAUGGCUUAUUUAUGGCAUAGAAAUGAAAACGGUAUUUUGGCUGAUGAAAUGGGUCUGGGUAAAACUGUCCAAGCGGUUUGUUUCAUUUCCUAUUUAGUUCAUUCCUUAAGACAACAUGGACCUUUUUUGAUCGUUGUUCCGCUCUCUACAAUACCGGCUUGGCAAGAAACUUUGACAAAUUGGGCUCCAGAUUUGAACUGUAUUUGCUACACUGGAAAUACAGAAUCUCGGUCAAAUAUUCGAGAGUACGAAUUUUUUAUGUCUUCCAAUAAUCGGAAGCUUAAAUUUAACGUCCUUCUGACAACUUAUGAGUACAUCUUAAAAGAUAAAAAUGAGCUCAACAAUUUUCGAUGGCAAUAUCUUGCAAUCGAUGAGGCACAUCGUCUAAAAAAUAGCGGAUCUUCACUUUAUGAGACUCUUUCCCAAUUUAAAACUUCCAAUAGACUCUUAAUUACUGGUACCCCGUUGCAAAAUAAUUUAAAGGAGCUGGCGUCCUUGGUUAAUUUCCUAAUGCCUGGUAAAUUUUAUAUCAAAGAAGAACUUAACUUUGAUCAGCCGAACGAAGAACAGGAACGUGAUAUUCGUGAUCUUCAACAAAGACUGCAACCGUUUAUCUUACGACGAUUAAAAAAAGAUGUUGAAAAGUCGCUGCCUUCAAAAUCGGAACGUAUUUUGCGGGUCGAAUUAUCAGACAUGCAAACUCAGUGGUACAGAAAUAUUUUAACCAAAAACUAUCGUGCUCUUGUCGGUAGUACUGAUGGAAAGAACCAGUUAUCUCUAUUAAAUAUCGUGGUUGAAUUAAAAAAAACUUCCAAUCAUCCUUAUUUAUUUCCAGGAACGGAAGAGAAAUGGUUGAGUGGCCGAAAAAUGACAAGAGAAGAUACCCUUCGCGGUGUUAUUAUGAAUAGUGGAAAAAUGGUUUUGUUGGAUAAAUUAUUACAAAGACUUAAGCGAGAUGGCCAUCGUGUUCUUAUAUUUAGUCAAAUGGUUAAAAUGUUGAACAUCUUAGGCGAAUACAUGUCUCUUCGGGGUUAUAAUUACCAGCGUCUUGAUGGAACCAUCCCUGCUUCUGUACGAAGAGUAUCAAUUGAUCACUUUAACGCGCCUGAUAGUCCUGAUUUUGUUUUUCUGUUGAGUACUAGAGCUGGUGGUCUAGGUAUUAAUUUAAAUACUGCAGAUACUGUAAUCAUUUUUGAUUCCGAUUGGAACCCUCAAGCAGAUCUUCAAGCCAUGGCACGUGCUCAUAGAAUCGGACAGAAAAAUCAUGUGAAUGUAUAUCGCUUUUUGUCUAGAGACACAGUUGAAGAAGAUAUUUUGGAGCGUGCUAGAAGGAAAAUGAUUUUGGAAUAUGCAAUUAUUUCUUUAGGUGUCACAGAGAAACCGAAAACCUCUAAAAGCGAUAAAUAUACUGCUGAAGAACUUAGCGCUAUUUUGAAGUUUGGUGCAUCAAACAUGUUUAAAGCGAAUGAAAACCAAAAAAAGCUAGAAAAUAUGAAUCUGGAUGAUAUCCUAAGCCAUGCCGAGGAUCAUGAUUCGUCCAACGAUGUUGGCGGAGCUAGUAUGGGAGGUGAAGAGUUUUUAAAGCAAUUUGAAGUUACCGACUAUAAAGCCGAUGAUUUCAAGUGGGAUGACAUUAUACCUGAAGAAGACUUGGAGAGAAUUGAAGAAGAAGAACGAGUGUUAGCAGCUCGAAGAGCCGAAGAAGAGGAGCGCGAACGUAAAGAAGAAGAGAUGCGAGAGGCCGAAGAAGAGCAAACUUCUCGGGCGUCGAAACGAACUACCAAGUCCAUCACGAAACGUCAACAACGUCGAGAAGAGGCAAUUCGUGAGAAGGAGGUCCGUCAACUCUAUCGUGCUAUGAUAAAGUUUGGUCUUGUCGAAGAAAGAUUCACUGACAUUGUGAGAGAGGCGGAAUUAGAGGCUACUGAUCCCAAACGAAUUCUGCAAGUAUCCUCUGACAUCGUGAAGUCUUGUGAGAAGGCUGUUGAACAAGUCGAAGCGGAGGACAUUAAAAGUAAGCAGCCUCGUAAAGCAAUUUUGAUUGAGUAUCGAGGGGUAAAGCAUAUUAAUGCUGAAACAAUCACUCAGAGAGUGAAAGAUUUGACUUAUUUGCAUCGAGCAUAUAAAGGUUUAGACCCCUUGAAGCAACGCAUUGGUUAUCCUAUCCGGAGCGUCCAUAGCUGGAACUGUACAUGGGGUAUAAAGGAAGAUUCUAUGUUGCUUGCUGGUAUUGACCGUCAUGGAUUUGGAUCUUGGCAAGCAAUCAAGAUGGAUCCUGAUUUAGGACUGCAGAACAAAAUAUUUUUAGAAGAAGCUAAAAAUGAAAAAGACUUGAGAAAUGUUCCGAGCGCUGUACAUUUAGUACGCCGAGGAGAGUAUUUAUUAAGUGUUGUUCGGGAGCACCCUGAUCUCUUCACAACAAAGUCAGAUCAAGCUACGAAGCGGAAAUAUACUCGUAAAAAUAGUGGCACUAAGAGUUCUGGACGACAAACCACUUUGGAUGAUUCAGUCGCAUCUAAAAAGAAAAAUCGUGGGAAGAAACAGGCACAAGAUGAUGACAAUACAGAAGGAGAAGAAGAAGCCUCACCUGAUGCAACAGUCGGAGAAGAGGAGGAAGAAGAAGAAGAAGAAGAAAAAAAACCAAAGGCAGAAGCUCCUAAGAGAUCACUGCGUUCUAAUAGCGGCGCUAAACCACAGGGAACAAGCCGAAGGACCACAAGGAAUUCUUCAAAAGCACCAUCAGCGAUGGACACACUUACAGCUGCCGCUGGUCUAGAUGCCGACUUGGAUAUUGAAUCUUCAAAGAAAUCAGUGAAGAAGGAAGCUGAAGACAAUUCAAAUGGUGAAGAAAAGAAUGAUUCUUCAAAAGCAGUACCGUCCUGAAUACCAAAAGAGAGAAAGAUAUACGAAUUUACGGUUUUUUGGCUAGAAUGUAAUUUUUUUCGGCGUAAAUAUGAAAAGUUUUCUAAAGAUAUCUAUUUCACUUUAUUGAAUAAUUAUCGAUAACCUAUGUUUUAAUUCGCAUAUAAAACUCGGGUUCUUUUCACUACAAGAGUUUAGUUCAUUAGGUUUGUUACAUAAUAUUCAUUCAAGUAAUAUAAGAUAAGAAUACAUAAUUGUUGUACUGAAA